AUGCUUGCUGCAGCUCACACAUUAUAUGAUCCCAACAGAACAGUUAUUCAUAUCGAUCCCAACAACAAACAAGAUAUGGAAUUUUGGGAAGUAAAUAACAGCAAUAUUGCUCUAAUGGCGAAGAAUAACUGUGCAGUUGACAAGGUUGUAUGCCAAAACUUCACAUGUAGUGCCCCUGUGACUGAUCAUUCAUCACUUGAAGCUUUGCUCUCCCAAAAAAUCCCCUCUUAG